AUGUGUCCUCGACCGGCUCAAACAUGCGAAAUCUGCGAGAAAGUUGUAUCAAAAUACAAGUGCCCUUCUUGUCUUCUUCCUUACUGCUCCUUGGAGACUCCAUGUGCUAAGCCUUCUUCAACCGAGGAAAAGCCUGUGUUUGAGUCGUGCUCUGGUUUUGUAGCGGCUUCUCCAACAAAGGAAGCCCCUGUGGAACGUGUUGAGGAAGCAAAUGAUGUUGUAGAAAAGACACAGCUCAAGGCUAGUGUAAAGGAAGUUCCUGUGGCAAGACCGAUAAAUGUAAAGGAAGAAAAGUAUGUUGUAGAGAAGAAACAGCUCGAGGCUAUCGCUUCUUCUAGUGAAAUUCGUGAAGCUCUAAAGGACGAAGCCCUUCAAAAACUCAUCUGCAAUAUUGAUAGCUCUUCCAACCCCUUACAAGAACUCGAUGAAGCCAUGGGAGUGGAAGCUUUCCGCGUAUUCACAGAUAAGAUUCUAUCAAACAUUUCCAAGAGUAGUGAUGAGCAGUGA